AUGGUAGUGUAUCUUCUCCAGGGUUGUCGCUCCUUGCAGGCGGAACAGCGGAAGUUGACCAGAGAGGUCGAGAUGUGCAUUUACUUCUCCACGGCGCACUCUCAGCAGCUCGAUGCUACGAACCGAUGUGCUGCAUCCUCUCGGGGACUACACGGUGCUCCCACAUAUAAAGCUCAAGGAACAGGUCGUCUGUUCUUAGAAGGGACAUGGCCAUGCAUUCGUUCGCCGUGGCCAGAUAGGGACUGCGCUGCCGCCAAGGGCCACGCUGAUCCACUGUCGUGUUGCUCGAGUAAAAUUGAGUGCAUGGCUUCCCCCCCGCCCCCCCGACCUUCUAAUAACGCUGUUUUGGAGUUGAAGAAGAAACUAUUUGGCCUGAAUCCCAGGCAUCGACGUGUCAGCGAUAGGUUUUCGUUUGAUGGUAGUGUCCCGCCAAUGUGCCCGUUGACCUGCCUUAAGCGGACGGUAGCUUAA